CUUUCUGACACCAGCCUUCGAGAGCCCAAACACUGCAGCAAUGCCUCCUCCCGGUGUGUGUCUGAACAUCAUGGAGGCUCGUCAGAAGCAAAACGGAUAUGGAAGCUUCACCAACCCUGACAGGUUUUUCAACCAAGACUACCAGCAGCUGAAACAGUACUGUGUCGUCCGAGGAGUGAGGUACAUUGAUGACACGUUCCCCCCUGACAGGCACUCCAUCGGUGAAGGGAUACUGAGCCCUUCUGAUCUGGCCCGUGUAGUGUGGCAGAGACCAGCGAAAAUUGCUCCUCAUCCAGUCUUCGUACUUGACGGGGUCUCCAGGUUUGAUUUUGGUCAAGGAAUACUAAAAAACUGCUGGUUUCUUGCUGCUAUUGGAGCUCUGACAUUUCAGAAGGACGUCCUCGGGCAAGUUGUCCCUCUCGAGCAAACAUUUGAUGAGAAAUACUGCGGACUGUUCCACUUCAGGUUCUGGAGAUUUGGAAGAUGGGUGGAUGUCAUCAUUGAUGACAAGCUACCGACAAUCAAUGGGAGACUGAUCUUUGUUCAUUCCAAACACCAAAAUGAGUUCUGGCCUGCUUUGAUGGAGAAAGCCUAUGCCAAAGUGUGUGGUUCUUACGUCGACAUGAAUGCUGGAAUUCCUGCAGAGGCCAUGAUGGACUUCACUGGUGGUGUUCACAUGUCUAUCCAGCUGUCAGAUCCCCCUGCACAACUGUGGGAGCUGAUGUGCAGAGCCGGCCAAUCCAAGUCACUUAUGAGCUGUGGUACACCUCAAGGGGAGACCCCUGACAACACUGUCUCGAAAACUGGAUUGGUCCAAGGCCAUGCCUACACAAUCACAGGUUUGAAACAGAUGAUGAGCCAAGAAAAACUAGUAAACCUGGUGCGUUUGUGGAACCCAUGGGGCAAAGGAGAGUGGAAUGGAGACUGGAGUGAUCGGUCAUCGCUGUGGCAAACCGUGAGUGCCAAAGAUCGUGAAAUGUGCCUUUCAGUGGCUGAUGAUGGAGAGUUUUGGAUGACUAUUGGAGACUUCUAUAAGUUCUACGCGAAUCUUGACAUCUGCUCCCAGUAUCCCGACUUCCUUGAUGCACACUCCUCUUACCGCUGGAAGACUUCAAUGUAUGAGGGCAGAUGGGUUGCAGGAACAACUGCUGGAGGAUGCGCGAAAAAUAAAGACAGUUUCUGGACUAAUCCACAGUAUCGGGUCAAGAUUGGCGGUGAAUAUUCAGGGAAAGAUGGCGAGAAAAAUGUGCUAAUAUCUCUCAUGCAGAAGUCUGACAAAAGGAACAGACACCUGGUUCAAAAUUUUCACAUUGGAUUAAGCGUGUUUGAGGUAAACGAACAAUACAAGGCACAGAGAGGGAAGUUCCCACCCUCUUUCUUCAGCAGCAAUGCACCCGCUGUCCAAACUUUGACCUUCAUAAAUGCACGUGAGGUGAUGGAGUUUGUAAUGCUGAAGCCUGCUGAAUACCUGAUUGUGCCGUGUACCUUCAGCCCAAACGAGUCAGCCUCCUUCAUCCUGACCAUCUUCUCCAAGGAAGAGACCCAUGGCUAUGAGAAUUCUGGUGAUCAUGAGCCAGUACCAAAGCUCGAAGAGGUCACAGAUGCACAGGAUGAUGAAAACAAGAAAACAUUUUUCCGUCACCACUCUGACAAGUACGAAGAAGUGGAUGCUGAGCAGCUCCAAAGGCUUCUAAAUGAACGCAUCCUGCAAGGGGACUUGAAAUCUGGAGGCUUUACCAUUGAUGCCUGUCGCAGCAUGGUUGCUCUGAUGGAUACAUCGAUCACUGGCAAACUGAACAGUGAGGAAUUUGUUCGUCUGUGGAGGAAGGUCGUUGCAUACAAGGACAUUUUCUUCCUCACUGAUGUUUCACGAACUGGAACCCUGUCAAUGAGUGAGCUGAGGAAUGCUUUCGAAGCUUCAGGAAUGAGAGUCAAGGAUGACAUGCUCAAUUUGAUGGCUCUACGCUACGGUGCCUCUUCUGGCCACAUGACGCUGGAGAGCUUCAUCAGUCUCAUGCUUCGCUUGGGCUGCAUGUACAAAAUUUUCCAACAGCUGUCUGAUGGGAAAGCCAUGAAUCUCAAAGAGUCAGAGUGGAUGUACGUUUCAAUGUACACUUAACCCAAAAAGGAAGAUGGACGGCGCAAUUCACAAGGACAAAACAGGGAUAGAUGUUUCAAACGAGUGUUUUCUUUUCAUUUUAAAAUCUGCAUCAAUAGAUAAAAGCUGUAUCUUUCUAUGAAUAAUUCAUUACACAAUAUGAACUGUAACUAAAAGGUUCUUUAUUUUCACUACUAUACUUCUAUUGCAGUAAAAUACACAAUAAUGUGAAAACAUAACCAAUCCUUUGUAGACAUGUUGAUAGGCUCGAUAUGGAAUUGCAUUAUGUUAAAAUGAUAGAUUGAGUUACUGCACUUUUUUUUUGUAUUAUUUGUAGACUUAUAAUGUAGGCUGAUCUUUUCACCCACAACAAAUUUCAGAUUUCAGGAUAUGAAAUGCAGUCACUUUAACUGCAAAAACCAUGUUGACCAUUUUCUAUAACUUUUUCAAAAAUAAUA